AUGAACGACACAGUGACGAUCCAGACGAGGAAGUUCGUGACAAACCAUCUGCUUCAGAGGAAACAAAUAGUCAUCGACGUCCCUCACCCUGGGAAGGCAACAGUACCAAAGACAGAAAUUUGGGAAAAGCUGGCCAAAAUGCACAAAACCACACCAGAUGUCAUCUUUGUAUUUGGAUUCAGAACCCACUUUGGCAGUGGCGAGACGGCCAGCUUUGGCGUGAUCUAUGGUUCUCUAGAUUAUGCAAAGAAGAAUGAACCGAAACACAGACUCGCAAGACACGGCCUUUGUGAGAAGAGAAAGACCUCCCGGAAACAGCGAAAGGAACGCAAGAAGAGAACGAAGAAGGCCAGGGGGACGGCAAAGGCCAACGUUGGUGCUGGCAAAAAGUGCCUGGAGACUGGACACAGGCAAAGGAGUGAGUAG